UGUCACCUCAUCCCGCCACUAGUCUGACCCCAGCACCAUCUUUCUGCCUGGUAGUGCCAGUGGCUGGUGCCACCAUCACGAUGGCAAGGAUGGAGCCGGUGGUGCCAGUGGGCGAGAAUGUCAACCUGAGCUGCUCCGUGCGGGUGGGCACCGCGCCGGUGACCUUCACCUGGCUGCGGGACGGGCAGGAGCUGGACUCGGGGCCCGUCCUGUCCCUGGGUACUGUGGGGCCAGCACAUGCUGGGACCUACCAGUGCCUGGCCACCAACCGCCUCGGCACCCACCGCAUCUUCCGGGCACGCAGCCUGGCUCUGGCCCUCUCGGUGACGCAGCCAAGACAGGGAGGGCAGCACCAGGGCACAGGUGGGGGCUACGCCCAUCUUCCCCCCCGCCCCCCUGGUCCCGCAUGGGUGUCCAGCCCCCCAGGGUCAGGGCUGACCUGGGCUUGUCCCUGCUCUGUCCCCAGCCAUGGCCGUGGGGCUCAGCAUGUCCCUCCUGCUCCUGCUCGUGCUCACUGCUGCCAUGGGCUGGUACCUCCGGCGCCGGUGCCGUGCAGGUGGGUCACCCACACCGGGGGGCUGGGGACCAGGUCUGUGGUCCCAGGUGGGGUAAAAGCCCCCCACACCGGCUGGGGGGUGGGCAAUGGGGCUGCACCCUGCAUCCCUCAUCUUAGCUAGGGCUGAGCCCCCAGCGCCCUUGGCUCAGGGUCCUGGGCGGGUCUUAGGGGCCCUCCCUGCUUGCAGCUCAUGUACCCCCAUCUCAGCU